AUGAGGAAAACUUCGAAUGGUCGUAAAUCUUCUCUGAAUCCUAUCAGAGUAUCGAUGCUGGAUAGAGAUGAUAAAAUUAGAUCUGAGCCCAGGGUAUCAAAUAUUGGUAAAUCAAAAGCACUCUCAGGUACUGAUAACUCUCAAAUACCUAGACCUCGGAUCCGGAGUGCUUCAUCUGAACGAGGGAGUAUCAGGCGUUCCAAUUUAAAACCACCGGCUGUUUUAGGUAAAGCAUCUCUUGGUUCGCAUAAUCAGUUGACUACACCAAUAACACCACGAGUAAGUUCGAAUAAACCAUAUCCAGACUUACCAACAGGACCUAGAGGAAGAUCGCCAUCAGCUGAACGUGCCAGUGGGUUAAAUAGUAAUAAUUCAUCAAAAAAAGACACAAGACCUCUUAAUGACAAAAAUUUUCAAUCGCAAAUGCUUAAUAGAAUUGAUACUUACUUCAAUGACGCUCACCAAUCAUCAAUGCUCAAUGCAAAUGGUAGUUUAAGACCGGUAUCUUUAAAAAUUUUUGUAUCAGCAUCAGAUUUUUUAUUGAAACAUCUUCAUGUUAAACAAGAGCUAAGUUUAAAUAAUUAUAUGGAAGAAUUACCGAAAAUUGCUAAAAAAAUUCAUUAUCCUGGUACUAUGGCUAAAUCUUGGUUGAAAACAGCAAACACAAUGCACUCUUGGCCGCAUGUACUCGGUUGGUUAUCUUGGCUUGUCGAAAUUUCCGAAGCCAAAGUGGUGGCUUUCGAAAAAUUUCAAUUACACAGCAUACCAUUCGUUGACGAUGAAGAAGGUGAAAUAAUAAAUCGUAAUAAAUUUACAAAGUUAUUGGAGCUCUACAUCGCUUGGAAUGAUGGACAGUUUGACAAAGAGGAAGAUUUAAUAAAAAAAUAUGCAGAAAACAUUGCUGAUAAUCUCGGUUGUACUGAUGAAAAUAAACUUCGUGUUGAUCAAGAAGCUUUAGAAACUAAAAAUAAGUACGAUGAACUUGAUAAACAGUAUGAACAAAUGUUAAAUAAAUUUCAAGAGUCGAAAGACCAAAUAACAUUGUUAGAAGAGGAUGAAAUGAAACAAGAAACUUAUGAAAAUGCUCAAAUUCAAACGUCAAAAGAUGAACAAAUUAGAAUUCAAAAGUUAGAAAAUGAUACUGAUAAUUUAAACAAAGGAAAAGAAAGAUUGUUGAAGAAAAACAAUGAACUUAAUGAGUGUAUAAAGACCCAGUCGAUGACUAUUGAAGAGCGCGAUGAAAUAAUGAAAAAAUGUGCCGAAUUAACUAAAUAUUUGAAAACAUUCGAUGAACAUUUAGAAGAAUUGCGGAGAGAAGUUUAUACUCUUGAUAUAAAAUAUUCAAGUAUGCUUGAUAAAUUGAAUUCCGCUGUUUUAGCCUACAACAAAGAUAUUGUUAUUAAUAUUACGGAAAAUUCGGAUCUAUACACUUUACCAUGUAGUUCGUUGAAUGAUUUUAAGAUAAUGAAUGAUCUCAAACCCAAAGUUGAUGCUAUUAAGCACUUAAAUGACAACAUGAAAAAGCAAUAUAAUAAUUUUACAUCAAUGAUUAAUUUGCAUAUGAAUCAGCUGGAGUCUUUGCAGGAUAAAAAAAAGUUAAUGGAACAAGAAAAAGAUGAAAGGUUGUCGAAAAAUGAUGAAAAAAAACUUUUGAUUAAAAAUAUUAAAUUGCGCGCUAAACAGGAUGAAACUAAACUGCGUGAUUUAAAUAAAAAGUUAGAAGAUGAAAUUAAAAGUCUUAGAGAAUCACUUCCAGAUAUCCAGGUAGAAGUUAAUGAAUUACUUGAAGCUCAGGAAAAAUUAGAUGCUGUAGAAAGGCGUAGAAUAUAUUUAGAAAAUUCUGCUGACAAAUUUUUCCAUAGAGAUGGAACCACUUACAAAUUGAGGAACACUGAAUCGCUGUAUAAAUAUAGAAUAUUGAAACCCCGAGCAACGAUAAAUAUUUAUCAAAUAAGGAAUAAUUUAGACACUAAAUUAGAAGUUAAUACAAAUGUCCUGAACAAUGUGAUACUUUAUAAAUAUGAAAAACCUAAUUAUUUCAAAUAUAUGACGGUCUUUUCAGUUUUACAAUUUUCCUUAUUUACUGUUAUAACUUACUUUUUAAUUGAUUGGCUGCCAGAGUUCAAAGCUGAUGAUUCUAUAUUUACUUAUACAAAAAGAAACAUUUUAUAUCUUUCUACAUUUUUACUGCCAUUUAUAGGAGGAGUUGGAUCAUCAGCUAUAAUAUGGUUGUUCACAAUACGUUCAAUAAAAUAUAUCAUUUUGCUUAAAGGUGGCAAAAAAGUAACCAUUGUCACUUAUCAUCCAUGGAAAGAUAAUUUUCAAUUCACUGUUCCUGUUGAAAAGAUAUAUGUUAAAAAACACCGACAAGAAUUGAAUAGGAUCAUGACAUUAGGAGUUAAGAAUAAACCGUUUUACUUUAUGCUUAAUAAUGAUGGAACAUUUGUUAACCCAGAUCUCUAUGAUCAUGCAAUUGGAUAUUACAAAAAGGAAAAAUAA